AUGAUACCUGCAUACCAGUGGGACGUAGCCCGUGGAGCUGGAAAGUAUGUGGUCUAUGCAGUGGGUAGUCAAGGAUACAAAUCCAACUUUAGCACCACAGACACCACCUUUGAUUUCUCAGAUCUGCGCUGUGGUCAGGACUAUAAUAUCACAGUUGUCGCAGAGAAUAGUUCUUGCAGGUCUCAGCCCAGCCAACCCUUCAACGUGUCUACAGGGCCAUGUCCCCAGUCGACUCCUCGUGUCUUGCUGGACUGCAGUAGUAACUCUGCUGUUGUUUCAUGGAGUCCUGGUUAUGGCAUUCUUUAUUACAACGCCUCAGCUGAUGCCAUGGAUGUGAAUGACCGUGUGACUUGCAGCACAACUGGAUCUUCCUGUAACAUAGCUCGCCUGCAGUGUGCUCAGUCCUAUCAUAUCCGUGUCACCGGUCAGGGCUAUACCUGCCCCAGCCCUGCCCAGGGGUGGGUGCCCGUUACCUCAGGCCCCUGUCCCCCAAAUCUGGUGUCUGUCCAGGUUCCUUGUGAGUCAAAUGUUAUGUCCAUAUCCUGGCAGACCUCUCAGGGUUCUGUCUCUUACCUGGCUGUUGCUCAGAGCAGCAUGGGACAAAGGUUCAAUUGCAGCAGCAAUGGGACAACAUGUGACAUUCCUGGUCUCCAGUGUGGACAGACAUAUGAGGUAUAUGUGUCAGGAGUGGUUGGAACGUGUAUAGGACCAAAGAGCCAAAGCCAGAUUGUCAAAACCGCUCCCUGCGUGCCUCAGAACAUCCAGGUGAUACUCGCGUGUCAAUCAACAGUGCUUAACGUUACUUGGCAGCAGAGCGGAGGAGCCACUCAGUACAGAGCCAUGGUGGAGACCAGUGUUGGUCAAAUAAUUUACCAAGUUACAGAUAAGCUCUUCUUCACAGUUUCCAAUAUCCUUUGUGGUAUGACCUACAAUGUGACAGUGGUAGCCCAGAACGAUAAGUGCAACAGCAGCCGCAGUUCUGUACAAAGUGCCAUCUCAGCUCCAUGUCCUCCUCAGGCCGUCAGCACAAACAUAAUCUGCAGUUCCAACACUAUCUCAGUAAACUGGACCUCCAGCACGGCUGGAGUCAGCUACCUGGCACAGGCUGUUUCUUCAAAUGUCUCUUACACCUGCAGUAGCACAUCCACAUCCUGCACCAUCAGUGUGCCAUGUGGCAGAACCUACAUCGUUUCUGUAAUACCAAGUCAAAAUGGCUGCAAUGGAGUCAGUUCGGCGUCUAAAAGUAUUCAAGCAGCUCCAUGUGUCCCCACCUUGACAAGUGUGCAGAUGGACUGCCUGUCCAACUCAGCUUGGGUGGCGUGGAACACAUCAGCGGGUGCAGCGUAUUACACUGUUCUGGCAACAGACAAUUACAGACAGCGCUUUCAGUGCAACUCCAGUGACAGCACGUGUGCAGUCGCUGGGUUACAGUGUGGAAAGAAUUACAGUUUCAGCCUCACCGCCAACAAUACACAGUGCAGCAGUGGAGUCAGCAACACCAUACAGUCUGAGACAGUACCAUGUGCCCCUGAGGGUGUGAAUGCGACGGUGGGUUGUGCCACGGGGACAGUGAGCAUGCAGUGGUUGCCCAGUGUUGGAGCUCUCGCAUAUACAGCCACACUUGAGCCACUGGUGGGCGUGGCUUCCUGCUGUUCUACUCUGAAUAAUAGCACGUCCUGUGAGGUCAGAUCCCUUCCCUGUGGUCAGUCAUACAUGAUGACUGUCACUGCAGCAGGACGAAACUGUAAUAGUUCUCAGAGCACGGCCAUAAUGGUACAGACAGCACCAUGCCAGCCACCAGGCCUCAAUGCCAGUGUGAGUUGCACUGAUAAUGUUGCGAGAGUGGGGUGGACGAGCAGCGCAGGAGGUCAGCUCUAUACAGUAAACGCUGUAAGCAUAAACGGAACAUUCACAGACAGUUGCAACGGCUUUGAUGGAACUUGCGACCUCAGAAGCCUGGUGUGUGGCCUGCAGUACACAGCUACAGUGGUGGCACGACACAGCGCCUGCACUAGCCUGCCGAGUCCCCCAACAAGUUUCAAGACAGUACCAUGUGUUCCACAAAACGUUAUCCUGGACUUGGACUGCCAAGCGCGCAACCUGACAGUGUCCUGGAACAAGAGCUCAGGGGCACAGUUUUACACAACCACCGUGAUGGACAGCAUGGGGCGCUCCACUAACUGCCAGAGCCUUUCUGACUGUUGCAGCAUUAGUGGGCUUUCCUGUGGAAACAUCUACCGUGCAAGCGUGGUCGCCUCUGAUUCGUCCUGCAGCAGCCAGAACAGCAGCAUUAAAAACAUAGACUCAGUUCCAUGUGCUCCCUAUAAUAUCUUGGCUCAGAUGGACAUUCUAACAGGCACAGCUAUACUCUCAUGGUCUUUGAGUGCCGGUGCAUUGAGGUAUAAGACCAUAGCGGUGAGCAGCACCUCAGGAUCCAGUGUCUCCUGCAAUACUAAUCAGACAAACUGCAUCCUGAACAAUCUGUUAUGUGGAGACAAGUACAAUGUCACAGUCCAGGCCAUUGGAAGCACUUGCAGUAGCUCUGCUUCCAUGACUCGAUACCUUCAGACAGGACCAUGUGUUCCACUGCUAGUGAGUGUGAGCUACACACCACCUGUCGCUCUGCUCCUAUGGGACACGACCCGAGGUGCUGAUAACUACACUGCACGGGCCGUGUCACUGCAGGGCUUACAGUCAUCUUGCUCGACCACUGACACCUCGUGUGUGCUCAACAGACUGAACUGCAGCCAAAGCUACAACAUAACUCUGACUGCCUACAGCAAUAUCUACCAGGAUGGGGUCCCGUCCAAUACGCUUACAUUCAACACAGGUUAG